GUGAAAAUGUCAUUUUUUCAUUUGUGAUUUGUCUAGUAAGAAUUUAGACGAUUUUUCAUGUAUUAAGAAGUUUUCUUAUUUUCCUUUGAGAAGAUCACAUGUGUUUCUUUAAGGACACCUUAGAAUAUCUGAGACCGGUACGUGGCAAAAGUAAGUCACGGCUAAGUUCAGAGCCACAUCAUCAAGUCAGAGAACGGACGUGUUUGUCCACCAUUUUUGAUGUAACAGUUUUGUCACAAAUGUCUCCGCGAGGGGUAAUUUGUGUUCCACGGUUUCGAGUAGAUCCUGCCAAAGAUAUUGAAUAAACACUCGAUUUAUCGAGGACUAUCCGAUUCAACAGGACAAACUCGACUGAGCAUUCCUUCUUUCCGUGAUCCAUCAAUUCAAUAUCUGUAAAGCUGACCAGGGAACGGGAGAAGAUGUCUGAGAAAGUAAAAAGGAGGACCGCCAAGGCCAAGCUCACAAGAAAGGAAAAGGCAGUCCGCCUCCAGAUAGAUGAGAAUCGUCCUUCAUCAGAGGUGAGCGACAUGUUUGUAGAGUACCAACAGGCAUACCACGAGCUUAUAGGCAUCCAUGAAGUGUAUGCAGCAACUAUAGAAGACGAUGCAACAUUUGAGCAAGAAGAACAGUGGAUGGAGAAAUGUCAGAAAGAUUUCUUAAUGUUCCAGAUGGAUGUUAAGGACUAUGUCCGUAAGGAGUCCCCAACUCCAGUGGUUGAAGUUCAGGACAGAAACAACCAAGCAGAUCCAAACCCCCUACCUGAUGACAUUCAUACAUCCAGUGAAGUCAAUCAGGCAAGCCCUCCUACGUCACAUGUUAGACAGGUCAGUAGUUUCCAGCUGGAGAGACCCAAGCUACCUAAGUUCAAUGGGGAUGUGAGAGAGUAUGGCAUAUUUAAAUCAGAUUUCAAACAUCUGGUCGAGAGCAGGUACGGGAACAGGGAUGCCAUUUCGAUUCUACGUACUUGUCUACAAGGACGUCCACUUGAUCUGAUUAGAGGUAUUGGGGCUGAUUAUGAAGCAGCAUGGGAGCAUCUUGAUUGCAUAUAUGGAGAUCCAAGGUUUGUGGCUGACGCAAUAAUGAACGAUCUCCACAAAUUCAAGCCUCUGAAAGAGAACGAAGAUGGUCGUUUUUGUGAUCUGGUACAUAUGGUGAGAAGAAGUUACAACACGUUAAAGGAAAUAGGCCGAGAGAAUGAUAUGAACAACAGUAACAUGUUGGCCAUGAUUGAACGGAAGAUGAACCCAGAUGACAGAAGAGUAUGGUUCCGCUAUCAAGAGAUAGACAAAGAUGAACAGCAAUCAGCUGUUUCCCUGGAGAUGCUGCUAAAGUGGAUGAGCGGAGAGAUGAAGGCCAGAAUGAGAGCAAAUGCUCCCCUAAGAAGUGACAGUCGUCAUGCAGUAGGGCACAUGUCACAGACACCUCAGAGACAGCAAUCAGAAGAAACUCUGCAACACCGUUGCUGGAUAUGCAAGACAGGAGACCAUUGGGUGGACCAAUGCAAAAAGUUCACAUCAAAGACCGCACGAGAAAGGCUCCAGUUUGUUAAGGAUCAACAUGCAUGUUUUAGCUGUUUGAAAAAAGCAGGGCGGAACCACUCAAUGGCAACGUGUCGGAGGAGGCAGCAAUGUCCGGAGAUGAGAGAUGGAAAGAGAUGUAACUAUUUCCAUCAUCCAUUGUUGCAUUUUGAUUCUGAGGGUGCGACUGGAAGAAGCACAGUUGGUGUUGCUGCAGUGGACAGUGGAGAAGCCAUGCUGCCCUUGGUUACUGCAGAUGUUGGGCACAGAAGGAACAUUUUAAGGGGAAAUGUUCUCCUGGACUCUGGUGCGCAAAUAAGUUUAAUAAGAGAUGAGUUUGCUGCUGAGCUGGGACUGGAGGGGAUCUCGGCUACCAUCACGGUAACCAAGAUAGGCAGAGAUGAGGAAACAUUGACAACGAAGAAGUAUAAAGUGCCCAUUAGAGAGGUAAAUAAAAGCAAAACAAUAAUGGUUACUGCAUUAGGAAUAGACUGCAUAAGUGAUGACGUAGCUGCGGUGAACCUGCCGGAGUUGGCCCAGAAGUUUCAACUGAGAGAAGAGGACUUGCAAAGAGGUAGUGGACCAGUUGAUCUUCUAGUUGGAAUAGACCAUGCUAGACUGCAUGCCGGAGAAGUUAGAGUAGUUGGCGGCUGUGCUGCUAGGAAGUCCGCUGUUGGAUGGGUUGUAUUUGGCACAACUCAGAGGGAAGCAGAGAACAGAACAAGAGUUCUUCAUGUUAAGUUAGCAAGCCCAGUUGACUUAACAGAUUUUUGGAAGAUAGAGUCAGGGGGUGUUAAUCCUACCUCCUGCCAGUGCACACAGAGUGGGCUUACCAAACAGGAAGCUGAGGAAGAGAGGAUUAUCAGGGCGUCAUCACGCAAAGUAGGAAGACAGUGGGAGAUAUCAUAUCCAUGGGAUAAAGAUCCUGAUCUCUUACCCAAUAACAAGUUCUUAGCAGAGAAGAUGCUCUUUGCUGCAGAAAGAAAACUCAGAAAGAAUCCAGAGCAUACAGAAGCCUACAAAUCUAAGAUACAAGAGAUGACUGAGAUGGGAUUUGCUAAGAAGCUAGAGAAAGAUGAAAUGACAACGUACAAAGGACCGGUACAUUACAUCAGUCACCACGCAGUAAUCAGGCCAGACAACAAAAGCACACCUCUGAGAAUUGUAUUCAAUUCAUCUGCAAUCUACAAAGGUCACUGCUUGAAUGAGUACUGGAAGAAAGGGCCUGACUUACUGAACAACCUAUUUGGAGUCCUCCUCAGGUUCAGAGAACACCCAGUGGCAAUAUGUGCAGAUAUUAGCAAGAUGUAUCACCGUAUAUUGAUUCCCGAAAGAGAUCAGCAUGUACACAGAUUUCUGUGGAGAGACAUGAACCAGGAGAAAGAAUCAGAUGUGUAUAUGAUGAAGGUGGUGACGUUUGGAGACAAACCAGCGGCAGCAAUGGCGCAGAUAGGUGUAAGACUGACGGCUGAAGAAGGUGAAGCCAAGUACCCAGAAGCAGCUGCAAUCCUGAAAAGAAACAUCUACAUGGAUGACAUCUGCGAUUCAGUAGAGACAGAAGAUACAGCAAAGAAACGUAUCGCAGAGGUAGAUGAACUGUUGGAGACAGGAGGUUUCAAGGUUAAAGGUUGGCAAUCAAACAAGCCACUUGAUGGAGGCAACAAGCAGGAAAAUAUGAAACUCUUAGAGGAGAUUGCUGAAGAGAAGGUGCUUGGUGUAGUAUGGGAGAGACAUAAUGAUACCUUCUCAUACAAGGUCAAGCUACAAGAAACGGAUAAAGAGACAGAAAAGCUGACUAAGAGAAAGAUCUUGGGAAAAGUAGCAAGAAUCUAUGAUCCUAUUGGUUUUGCUGCGCCAAUUAUCAUCAAGGCAAAGACUGGCUUACAGAAGCUGUGGCAGAGUGGUUAUGACUGGGAUGAGGAGUUACCUGAUGGAGAUGAAUGGAGAGGAUUAUUCAGAGAAAUGAGUAAGCUCAAUGACAUCAGUCUUGAGAGAUGUCUGAAACCACAGAAUGCCCAGGGGAGACCAGUCUUAUGUAUUUUCUGUGACGCUUCUGAGAUUGCAUAUGGUGCAUGCGCUUAUCUGAGGUGGAAGACAGAUGAUGACAAGUAUGAAGUGCGCUUCGUAUCAGCCAAGUCGAAGGUCGCACCUCUCAAAGCGCUCACUAUUCCUCGACUUGAACUGCUGGCAGGGGUACUAGCAGCUAGAAUGCACGAAGCAAUCAGCAAUGAGAUGAGGCUACAGGUGGAAAAGGCCAAGAUACAGAAGGGACCCAAACCAGAUGACAAAGUUACUCUAAGCCCAACAGAGUUAGAUAGUGCAGAGAAGUACUGGGUAAAGAGAGCACAGAUCAGUCUACUGCCCAGACUAGAGAAAGGAGAAUUCAAGGUGCUCACUCCUUUUGUUGACGAUGAUGGUGUGAUCAGAGUAGGUGGUAGAGUGGAAAACCUUGUGACGUCAUACGAGUCGAAGCAUCCAGCUCUACUUCCUGCCAGCCAUCACAUAUCACUGAUGAUAAUACGUAGCGCACAUGAACUGGGACAUCAUGGUGUAGCAGUGACUACGGCCAAGACACGGAGAAAGUAUUGGAUACUCCAAGGUUACCGACUAGCUAAGACGGUGAAACAUCGAUGCGUGACGUGCAGAGCUGCAGAGUGUAGAAGGGAAACGCAGAUUAUGGCGAAUCUGCCUAGCUGUCGAUUGGCACCAUUCACCCCGCCUUUCCAUUAUACGUCAUGCGACUACUUUGGCCCAUAUUUAGUCAAGGUGGGUCGAAACAAGAAGGCCAAGCAUUACGGCAUCAUCUUCACAUGUUUGAAUACCAGAGCCGUACAUCUGGAGAUGGCAACAGACUGUUCAACGAUGGAGUUUCUCCAAGCAUUACGUAGAUUCAUUGCAGUGAGAGGGCAGCCUGCACAGUUUCUGAGCGACAACGGGACGCAGUUUGUUGGAGCGGAACGCGAGCUUCGCGAGAUGGUUAGAGGAUGGAGCGAGAGAGAGCUCAAAGAUUUUUGUGCCGAGAAACGUGUAGUGUGGAAGUUUGUUACUCCAGGAGCGCCUCAUCAGAAUGGUUGUGCGGAAGCCAUGGUGAAAAGUUGCAAGUUUGCUUUGAAAAGGGCAAUAGGUGAGCAAGUGCUCACACCAUUAGAGUUGUAUACAUGUUUCUUAGAGGUCGCGAAUCUUGUGAAUGAACGACCAAUAGGACGCGUUGGUAAUGAUCCAGAUGAUGGAGGUUACCUCUGUCCGAAUGAUUUGUUGUUGGGGAGAUCUUCGAGCAAGGUGCCUCACGGUCCAUUCCGUGAGACCAGGAAUCCCAGACAUAGAGUAGAGUUUGUGCAGCAAAUUGUGAACUCGUUUUGGAAGAGUUGGAACAGAGACGUGUUUCCAUUACUUGUACCACGAAGAAAAUGGAACACUGAGCGUAGAAACGUCCGUGUUGGAGACAUCGCGAUGUUGGCAGACGCAAAUGCAGUGCGAGGGAAAUGGACUAUAGCGAGGGUAGUUCAAGUGUAUCCUGGGGUAGAUGGUACAGUUAGGAAUGUCAAAGUUAAAACUGUCUCAGGAGAGUAUCGCAGUUCUAGAACCUCUAUCGUCAAAAGCAUCGCCACCAACACAAGUAUCACUACAAGUACUCGUACUGCCAAUGCUACCAAGACCAAACACCAUCACAACCUUUGCACCACAACCAUCACCACCACCCGCGGCAAUCAUCGCUAUAGCAACACAACAGCCAUCACCACCAUAACCACCACACCAGCGACAUCGACAGCAAUUUCACCACCACCACCAUAA